AUGCAAGAGAAACAUGCAUUCAUCCCCGAGAUUCCUCUCAACGGUGCCGGAACUCCGCCGACCAGCAAGCAGAUUUCAGACGACGGUAAACUAUACACGGCGAGAGCCCAGAACUACCCCAGCUACUACCCCGGCCCAUUCCUCGACCUGUUCACGGAUGACGCCGUCUACGUCGACCACGGGGCACAGAUCCAGGUGCCGCGCCCGUACCUCGAGGCCCACCACCGCAAUUGGCGGCGGUCGCACGCCGACUUCGAGAUCAAGGCCGACCCGGCCUACCCCUUCUUCUGGCGGGACGUCGACGAGGCGGCCGGUAACGCGCGCGUGAGCUUCAGGCACCGGAACAAGGGCGUCUUUGUCGUCGACCUGCCGCGGCGCAAGGCCACGGGCAAGCCUUGGGAGUACUUGGGCGUCACGGAUCUCGUCAUCGAGGGCGGAAAGAUCGCGCGGGGCCGAGGACUGGCUCCGGAUCCCGUUCGAGGACAGCAUCUUCCUAGAAAGUACAUCGUCAUCGACGCCAAGACGACCAAGCAGGUCCAACGGCCCAUCGUCGGCAAUGGCAAGGUCCAGGAGUAG